CGGAGCUAAAUGAAAGCGAAAGUGCAAGAGGAAACGGCCGGAAAAGUCCCGCAGCUCAUCUCACCGCAUUCAUCUCACAUCUAAUCCAGACUUUUACUCCGCGAAACUCGUCCAAAAUGUCCAAGUUUAAGAUCAGCCGAGAAAACGAGCUCAAGGUUCAGAAAUACCGCCAUUCACUGUAUCAGAAGGCAGAAGAUCUUUUCUCUAAUCAUAUUCCAAAGAAGAUUUCCCAGCUGGACAAUCUGAUUCAGGAGGAAGAACUGUGCGUCUCGGAUCUCUCUUCCCUCCACGCGGCGCUCGAUAUUCCCAUUCCAGAUCCUCCAAGCCCGGAAGAGGAGGAAAUGGAGACGGAUAAAAAUGAAGAAGAGGAGAAGAAGAAGAAGAAACGUCCUGUGUGUGGCUUCAUCAAAGGAAACGAGAAGAUCAUGAAGCUGCUGGACGUGGUGAAGCCUGAAAUCACGGGUCUUAAAGAGACCUGCAUCACUGUGUCCUGCUGGAUUUCGCUGCUGAUUCCUAAGAUCGAGGACGGGAACGACUUCGGAGUCGCGAUUCAGGAGAAGAUCCUGGAGCGAAUUACAGCUGUGAAAACUAAACUGGAGGGAUUUCAAACCAACAUUAACAAGUAUUUCACAGAGAGAGGCGACGCAGUAGCCAAAGCCUCCAAAGACACGCAUGUGAUGGACUACCGCUCGCUCGUCCACGAGAAAGACGAAGCUGCGUACUGCGAGAUCCGGGUCAUCUUACUCGACAUCCGCGGAUAUUACGCGGAGCUCUACGAUAUCAUCAGUAAGAACCUGGAGAAGGUGGUGAACCCAAAGGGAGAAGAGAAACCCUGCAUGUACUGAGAGCGAGACGCGUCAUCGUCACCCACCUGUCUCACCCCACACCCGUUUCUUUCCAGAAAUGCUGUUUCUGUUGAAUAGAUCUGACCAAUCACAACUACACACUGUAAUAAUGACACUCAUGUCGAUAGAAAUAAACCGGCGUGUUUGAUACUAA